GGCUCGUAUGUAUGACAUUCAAACGAAUUCUAUUCUAGUCUAAAUAUUUAACAUGUGGUUAAAGAAAUCACAUUAUUUGGAUGAAACAUGCAGAUUUGAAAGAAUGUUGAGAGUUGAUUUGUUAAGCUGUCUGGUCAUGGAACAGAGAAACUCUUCUGGCAAAUCUAGUUAUCCACUCACAUAUUGAAAUACGCUCCUUCCAACUUUAAUUGCAUCACCGUGUCACAUGAGUGACGACACGAAGAGCAUGCUUGGAUUGCCUUUUUUUUUUCUUCCUUUUUUGGUGUGUUCCUUGUCUCAGGGACUAUGACUGUCUGCUAAAUAUACAGCGAAGAGGGAGUGAAAAGGCCACUAACUGGCCUUCAGUGGCAGUGUGUGAGAGAGUGGCGAUCAGAGAGAUAGCGGCUUCCACCAUGACAAAUCUGGGUCAAUGUAACCCCCACCCCCUUCUACCACAGGCUAAGCUGAAAAAGGAAAAAAAAAAACCACACACAAAAGAUGAGGACACCAUCGGCACACUGUGUGCAUGGACGUGAUCAUGAGGACGCCAAAGAUCAGGUUGCCUUCUCUUUGGCUUCCCAUGAACCCAGAUGCCUCCUCUUCCUCUCGACGAGCGUAUAGUGGUCAUCCAGCGGCCUAAAAACAUUGCCUUGUGCGAGGCUUCCCCGCAAGCCAUUCCACAUCACUCGUCUCAGAUAUCCGCCUCUUCCAAUGGACAAAUCACCCGUGCUCCUCGCCCUCACUUUUCCCAGCCUCAUUUCUACUCACCCACCUGUAAAGCUCUAACUUUGGAAUGCAAACGCAGAUCUUCCCGUGGACAGAGAAGCCCGGGCGAUCAUUCCGGAGUGCCGCCGGGUUACAGGAACAUCCCAAGCCACUGCCACAGCAAUGGAACCGUAACUCUCAGCCCCCGACUGCCAUCCCACACGCAUACAAUUGAUAUCAGAUUGACUCUGGACAAGGGCGGGAGAGCAGAAAUCAGCAACUCCCUCGGCCGCAGCGGAACUGCCAAAGGUACGCAGCGAAAAUGUGCCCCUUCGCAUUCAGAUCAGACUGGGGGAAGAACUGGCGGCGCUGAGCGGGCAGGUGGAGGCGAACACAAAUUACAGCGAAGUCGACACGGUCAGCUGCCGUCAGCCGGCGGAGUUCUGCAAUUUGUCCCUGCGCAGGCACAGCCGUACAACCUCAGGGAUGUAAAAGAAAACGAAACCACAACUCUUCUUCUGAACAGACCUGACCCUCAAUUCACUUUACUGAAUCACAAGAGCUCCAAGCUGGGCACCGUGCAUCACAGUCUUCCCUACCACCACAAUUCCGUCCCUGUUCCCCAUGCAUCCGUCCUAAACUCCAACCAUCCCUCUUCUUCCCCCGCUCAACCCGCGCACAUCCCCGUCUCCUUCCAACAAUUUAGCCAGCCUCGCCCAUCCCGCCACAGGGACCACCAUCCUCAUAUUCUUCAUGGUCUUCCCCUAUCCCCGUGCACUUCCCACACAGGAGGGUUUCCCAGUCCUGACCAUACCUGCACCAUCGACUGCACCCACCCCUUCGGAUGCGGUUGCUGGAGGUUGGUACGCUGCAGAGGGUCUAAAGGACAUGCCUCCAGUUGCCAAGGAGGCGGAGGUAGCUCUUCCACCUCGUUUUCUUGCGUUCAUAACGUUGGUGCAGUCAAAAAAGGAGGCAAAGAAAUGGGCCUGAGAAAUUUGGGAGGGUGUCUCUCCACCGCCUCCACCUCUAACACUUCCUCAACCAACAGCACUGUGUCUGAACACCGAACAAGCCUGUUCAAACCGAUCCGCUGUGCCUCCUGCUCCAGUGAGGCUGGAAACUUUGAGAGCCCCGCUAUUCUUCGGAAGAAAAUGGUUGGGGGAUGCCUGCCUUGUACCCCAAUAUCCUCUUCUGCCCCUCUUCGGGCAAUACAAAGCUGCGUCACGGGUUGUAAUCCCAAAGCCUCACACACAGGUAGCUCCACCUGCAGCUAUUGCAGCAGCGACCCCAUCGUGGUAACAUUUAAUCCUCGCAGAGGUAAACCCCCAGGAAGAAGCAUUGGAGCACCUCAUUCGGCUUCUAUGUUUCAAGCUGACGAUGAUGACUACAGCGUAAGAACUAUUUGGCCUGAAGAACUGGCGAGAAAGAUGACCCAUUCUACAGCCCAACAGAAUCACUGUGCCGGAAUAGGAAUAGGAGUUGGAAAGACGACUUCGAGGCAGAUCCAAAAUGAAAGCAAAAGAACUGGGCUCAUGCGCCUCGACUGUGAAAACCUGCAGGAGUACGCACACGCUCAGCUCACAGACCACGCUGGCCGGCGGAGACUGCAACAAGACAAGAUGGCUGCCCUGGAUUUUUUGGGCUGCAGGUCCGGACCGGGAUAUGACGAACAACGGAGCUCACUCAGGAGGCUUCUUAAUAAAGCAGAUGAUGCAGGAAUGGCGGGCACUCUUGAACGCAAUCGAGAGACACCAUAUCCUUGUUCGCCCUCACCCCGCUCCCCUUCUCCACCGUCGCCGGUUUCGUUUUCGCCUCCUCCGUCCGCUCCCAGCACACUCAUCAAACCCAAACCCUGGCAGAGAGACGGGGGACAUUCUCUACCAUCGGCUCAGUCCCUUCAUUUGGCUCUGAACUCGCUCAACAGAGAGCAAAAUGAGGAGAAGAGCAGAAUGCACCUUUCUCUGCCACUCUCCUCUUCGCUCCCUGCCUCACUGUCUGAGGAGUCUGCGAUGACUCCUGAUGCGGAGAACGCUGUGGUCAGUGCCAUCCUGCCAUUCUUGUAUCUUGGAAAUGAGAGGGAUGCUCAAGAUCUGGAUCUGCUGUUGCACCUCAACAUCGGCUAUGUGGUCAAUGUGACCACGCACCUCCCCCUCUACCACCUCAAAUCAGGACUGCACUACAAAAGGCUGCCAGCCACAGACAACAGCAAACAAAACCUUCGACAAUACUUCGAGGAGGUUUUUGAGUUUAUCGAGGAAGCAUAUCAGAGUGGACAGGGUGUGUUGGUGCACUGCCAGGCGGGCGUGUCCCGUUCCGCAACCAUCGUCAUCGCCUACCUAAUGAAACACACCCUCAUGACAAUGACGGAUGCGUACAAAUACGUGCGCAGCCGCCGUCCUGUGGUGUCCCCAAAUCUAAACUUCAUGGGGCAGCUUUUGGAGUUUGAGAGGGACCUCAACUCCGGGUUGACUCCUCGCAUCCUGAUGCCUAAACUUGAUGGUGUCGAGACCCAAGUGUGAAAGGGGCUGGCGCACACUAAAUUUGGCUUUGAGGAGCAGGUUAUUACAAUAGGAAAAUGGGGGUAUGUUUGGCAAUUAAUGCACUUUUAUACUGUGAAACAUGAGACAAACUGAUAAAUGACCUCAUGUAAGUAGCUAUUUAACUUGAUCAUCAUCCAGUAUGCUGUUUAUAGAUAAUGUGCCAAUAUAGAUGGAACAUUGUAUUGAAAUAUCUCAGUUUUUUCCCCUUCAGGCCUAUUUCUUCCUGUCAUUUACAUGAACAACCAUACAAACACUGUUAAGGCUACGUUUACAUUAUGUCCCAGGUGGCCAUGGCAGCCCUGUUUCAGGCCACCAUUGACAAAAAUGGUGGUCUGAAACAGGGCUGGAGCUAAGCUAGGUAGGGGAGCUCCAACACUGCAUGUUCUUCAGGUUUUAGCCAUAAAAAGCCUUGACACAACGUUAACAAAUGGGAGGGUCCCCAUCCGAACAGGACAGACCGGGAGGGAUCGUAUCGGAGUCCAUGCGCCUUUGAGCCUCCAGGACUCAGUCGUGCUCUCCCCACAUGACUUGUCAUGGAUAGAUAGACUGUCAGAAAAGUUAACAAGACUUGAAUCCACAGGGGAAAAAUUGGCUAAAUUCCCAUCAUGCACUACAUUUUGGGCAAUCGGUGCUGCCUUGGUCACUGGGGAACAGUGUGUAAACGUAGCCUAACAGAAGCCAUACUUGCAUGCAAAAUUGCAUUGUCACUCUAAUACAAUACGUUCCAACAUGUAGCAACACUAUUACAAUGCACUUUAACACAUCGGUUGAUCAAGUUGUCAUUUCUAAAAUGCCACAUGGACCUAAUACAGAUGUGAGUAGCAUUAAUCUGGGAGCUAUAUUGAAGAAGAGACAAACAUCUCAUUAAAAAUGGCUAAAAGUGUACAGGAUGUGCACUGAUAUUUAAAUAUGAGGCAGCCAAAAGGCAGGUAAAACCACCAAAAUAACAUCAUCCUCAAUUGCACGGUUCAACAAACAAAGGUUGAAAGAUUUUUGUUCUUUCGGGAAGUGACUUGAUACACAGGAUGGUUGAUGAUCCGAGUGAUGUCAUUUGGAAACGCAUUCAGAUAUUAGGUCCGUCUGCCCAACAUUAUAUGAGCUAAUACAAAGUUCUAUCAAGAAUUCUGUCCUAAGAUAAAAUGAAUUAAGUCAUGUUAAGUAUUGUUCAGUGUAGAAGACACUGUCACAGUUGUAAAGAAUGUUUUUGUCGUUGUAGUUUGCAGUCAAACUGAUUACUGUUGGGUGUACAUUGUAUUUUAGUCACUGGUACAUACAUGGGCUGAAUAUACUUUUUUUUUUUUAAAGGACCUCGGUAUAAUUGUAAUGUAGUAUCACAUGAUAAAAUAUUAUUGGAAAAUCAAUUGUGAAGCUGUAUCCUAAACUGAUAUUGGAUACAUUAUGCGAUCUGCGCUGGUGUAAUGGUGUGGUCAGUUACACUUAAGGUCUGGUACUACAGUCACACUGGACAAAAUGUAACCACCUUUCAUUGUAAUUUUUUUUUUUGUUUUGUUUACUUGCUUGGUGACAAUUUCAACUCCAAUGUGCUCCCUAAAUUGAAUUUCAUAGCAGAGGAGAGUAAAAGAGCCAUUUCAAAUGUUUACAAUGUAUUGAUAAGGGUGCUUACAAGUCCCCCUUAUUGACAACCCGCAAAACAAAUGCGCUUUGUAUUUAAUUCAUUAUCUUUAAGUGAAGGAGCCAGAAUCAUCCGUUUUCCAGUGACGCCCUUUUCCUGCCUUAUCCUCACUGUGGCCCUCGUGACGAUGCAUCACUGUUUUAUGAAGGCUUUUUCGACGCCUGUGAGGCUAAAGCCGUUCGGAUAACGGACGGAUGCUUUGAUUAGAGAAGGUAUGAUUCACUGUGAACGCUUCUUCUACUGUGAACGAGACUUUAAUCGGGUCCAUUCGGCAUCAUCUUAUGGGUCUCAUGUCAGAAAAAAAAAAA